AUGCCAGCACGCAAGUCAGCACAGCAACCUCGCCUUUUCUUGGACCUGUUCUCAGGUCAGCAUGCACCCUUGACGCACGCGAUGGAGCGCCUAGGCUGUGACUGCUUCCAUCCCUUUGACAUCGCAUUCGCACCCGGCCUGGACAUACUGAAUGACUCACACUACCGCCUGCUCCUGCGCAUCGCAUGCAGCGGCAUUGUAGGGGCCGGCUGGUCAGCACCGCCAUGCAAAGAGUAUUCGCGCCUCAGGCCAGGCCCGAAAGCACUUCGCACUCCUGAGUUUAUGCAGGGAGUACCAGGCCUUUCAGACAAGGAGCUCCUCCGCGUAUUGCAAAGCGCAGAGAUACACGCACGCAGCCGCAGGGUCACCAGAUGCAUCCGCGAGGCAGCAGGCGAAGCAGGCCUGGAGCAGCCUCCCUCCUCAAUGGCGUGGCUGGAGGAGGACAAUGUCACCCUGCUGCGCGAGCUCUGUGCACAUUGUUCGCACGUGGCGGCGUGCGAGCACGGGAUGGACUACUACAAGUCCUGGGCCUUCUGCGCAAGCUUUGCAUCCAUUCGCACUCGGCAUGCACCUGCCGCCACCCACCAG